AUGGCGCGAUACGAUAAAGUUGUUCUUCUUGGCACUGGAAGUUACGGCAAAGUUUGGCUUGUGGACACUCAUAACUCGACUAGAGACCAAAAAGUUCUGAAAGAAAUAAAUCUGACAGGUUUAGGAGAAAAGGACAUUGAACAGGCACUGACAGAGGUCACUAUAUUAGCCAGAUGCCGGCACUCAAAUAUUAUUGGUUAUUCCGAGGCGUUUGUAAACAAAACAACAUUGAGAUUAUCAAUAGUCAUGGAGUAUGCUCCUGGAG